GGGUGAAGAGGGCUCCCGUGCCCUUGGACGGGCGUCUCCAGCUGUGAGGUUGUAGUGGAGCGGGGGCAUCAGAUGGGAGGCUGAGGUGUGACGGGUGAUUCAGGACAAGGUCCCCACGCGAGAACUGCCCUCCGCCUGCCGUGGCUGCCUGCGCCCUCCCAGGAGGGGAGCAGGUCCUGAAAGGACAGCGACCUGGCCACGACGCGGGCCGCCUCCGAGAGCUCCCGGGGAGCCCGGGUUCUGGGUGCUCUGUGGGCUGCGGGGGCCGGGGGCAGCCAGGCCUCGGUGUGGGCAAAACCACACUUUCCUGGGGUGAAGUGGAGGAGGAGGGGGCGCCGAUGCGGGGGAGGACGCUGUGUUGCGCGGUGUGGUGGACCUCGUUUGGCGCAUGAAUAAGGCAAGAGCGAUUUGCAUGCAGCAAAGCAGGUAUCGAAGACUUACCAAGUGCCGUUUCCCCCGAGCUCCCGGCCUGACGAUGUAAAGAGGCUUAAGGCUCCCCGGCCCUGGAGCCGCUCUCGGGGUUCUGCAGGGUCGGGGAGAUGCCUUAGGGAGCCACGGGCGGUGCAGUCGAGCGUUAGCUGUGGACUGCGCUCGGCGGCCUUGUGCACGUAGCUGGGCUCUCCCACACUUCGAGGCCUUCCGGAUUGCGCACCUGUGGAUCCGGCCCGUCCAGGACAACACAUUGCACCUGCUCGGAAUGUGUGUAGACUCUCCCCGUGGUGUUCCGGGUGACCACGCAUUAUUCAGGCGGCGUCCACAGGGUACUGGCUAUGGGGAGCGGCUCCGGACCACGCCAUGCUGAAGAAUGUUCCGGAAAGGCAAAAAACGGCACAGCAGCAGCAGUUCCCAAAGCAGUGAGAUCAGUACCAAGAGCAAGUCUGUGGAUUCCAGCCUUGGGGGCCUUUCUCGGUCCAGCACUGUGGCCAGCCUCGACACAGACUCCACCAAGAGCUCGGGACAGAGCAACAGUAAUCUAGACACCUGUGCAGAAUUUCGAAUCAAAUAUGUUGGUGCCAUUGAAAAGCUGAAAUUCUCUGAGGGGAAAAGCCUCGAGGGACCCCUAGACCUGAUAAACUACAUAGAUGUUGCCCAGCAAGAUGGAAAGCUGCCUUUUGUUCCCCUGGAGGAAGACUUCAUUAUGGGAGUUUCCAAGUACGGAAUCAAAGUGUCAACGUCAGAUCAGUAUGACGUCCUGCACAGGCACGCCCUGUACCUGAUCAUCCGCAUGGUGUGCUACGACGACGGCCUGGGCGCCGGGAGGAGCCUGCUGGCCCUGAAGACCACGGAUGCAAGCAACGAAGAGUUCAGCCUGUGGGUCUAUCAGUGCAACAGCCUGGAACAAGCACAAGCCAUCUGCAAAGUUUUAUCCACUGCUUUUGACUCUGUGCUCACAUCCGAGAAACCUUGAAUGCUACCGCAGUGGCAGUCGACUUCAUCUGAAGGUCAAGCUGUUUCCUACAAGUGGUUUCCAGCCUGCAGUGCUGAGCCGUCGCGGACAGAUGAAGGAGUCCUUGGUCCUGCAUUUCCUGAAGAGUGCAAUGUAGAAUGCUGAUCAUUCCCUUUUGUAUUAAAAUGUCUUGUACCCGGCA